CCGCGUCUUGAGAGUGCGGGUUGUCAACUUGUGGUGCUUAUCUUUGUUUUCCUCCGGUUCAGGUGUUGUAGGGGCUCACAGGUGUGACAGGGAGCGCAGGAUAAAGAAACCAUUGCAAGAAACGAGGAAAAUAUUACGUUUUAUUGAAGUUAACGAAACCAGGUUGUUAACAAGGCCGUUGGAAAGAUUACCUUACAUGUGAAUCGAAUAUAUGCCUCGGGAGUUACGAAGACGACCAACCAUGAGCAACACCGAACUGGCACCCAUCGCUGACACUCGGGAGACGGAGGCCGAGGAAUUUGGACCGAACCAUCAUCCAAUAGAAUCCGAAGAUGACGGCAUUGAUGAAGGCUUUGGCAUCACUCCCCCGACCAAUGGGGUGCCCCGGCGUUCCCCCCACCCCGGGACCUAUACCCCCACGGUACACACCCAGCCCCAUCCCCAGCCCCACCCCCAGCCACACCCCCCUCACCACGGCAGCGGCAAGCCUGGUAGGCGGCCCUUGGAUGUGAACUUGUAUGCCACCAAGAAGACCGUGGCACAGGGCAUGAUGGACCUGGCACUGCUGACUGCCAAUGCCAACCAGCUACGUUAUGUUCUGGAGUCUGGCAAGUUUGGGAAUCCCGGUGCCAACUAUUAUAUCAGUCUCACCCUCAUUGGCCUCAGUAUUGCCAUGCAGCUGAUAAUCGGAGUGGCACUGAUCUUCCUAGGGCGCUACAACGUGUCGAGGGAACAUCACGCACAGAAAGCCGACAAGCUCAACAACUGGGUGGUGCUUGGCGUCUUCAUAAUUACCGUCAUUAAUGUGUUCAUCUCGUCCUUCUCCAUUGAGCCCUUCCAUGGCGUUGACCCCGUUUUGUUAAGGAAAGCAAUGGACACUAAGAUGCCUCCAGCUGAUGUCACCGAAAGGAUCACUAACAUUGAUGGUCUCUGAGGGGUCACAGAAGGGGUCACAGGAGGGGGUCACAGGAGGGGUUACAGGAGGGGUCACAGGAGGGAG